AUGGCAUCAUCACCGCAUGUACUAGACACUAAUGCUGUGUGGUUCGUUACUGGCUGCUCCUCUGGCAUCGGCAAAUCCCUCGCAAAAACAAUCCACAACGCAGGCCACCGCAUUGUCGCCACCGCACGCGACGUGACAUCUCUUUCCUAUCUCCCAAACAGCCCAACAGUUCUCAAACUCCAUCUAGACGUAACGCGUUCAGAGACAAUUACCCAGGCAAUUGCAGACGCAGUCGCACGAUUCCACGGAAUCGACGUCUUCAUCAACAAUGCCGGCUAUAGUUUAAUGGGUGACAUGGAAGGAAUUCCCGACGCCGAUGCACGACAUCAGCUCGAGACGAACUUCUGGGGUCCGGUCCAUGUUACUCGUGAAGCGCUCCGAGUCUUUCGCGACGUUAAUAGCCCCGGCCGAGGUGGCACUGUUGUGCAAGUAUCUUCCAUGGGAGGAUGGAUUACCGUCCCGGGUCAUUCGUUCUAUCACGCUAGCAAAUUUGCACUUGAGGGUUUCACGGAAUCAGUGUCCAAGGAAGUCGAUCCCAGCUGGAACAUCAAAUUCCUCCUCGUAUCGCCAGGUGGUGUCCGGACAAAUUUUGCCGGAUCAAGUCUCAGGCAAGCACCCCGCCAUCCUGCAUACGACGAUCCAAGCAGUUCAUUCAGCCAAUUGAUCAAAUAUGUCACAAACCCCGAGUCACAGUCUACAUGGAGCGAUCCAGAUAUCUGUGCGCGGGUGCUCUUCGAGAGUGUGGUUGGACAGAAUGAGCGUCCUUUGCCGAUGCGUUUACUUAUGGGAGCGGAGUCGAUUCCUUUAAUCAAGGAUGAUAUUCAACGAAAUUUGAAGGAUAUUGAUACUUGGGAGAAAGAGACGGUGCGAUGUUCGCCGGGUGGGGGUGCAGUGCUUAAUAUCUAA